AUGCCUCAAUAUUUUGCAAUCAUUGGCCAUAAGGACAAUCCCAUAUAUGAAGCAGAAUUCUCUAUUCAACAAGGAAACCAAAAGAACCUUGGAUUCUCUCAAGAAUUGAAAGAAAUGAAUCCAUUCAUAUUACAUGCCUCUCUUGAUAUUAUUGAAGAUCUACAAUGGCAGGUAGUACCAUCUAAUUCCCAGUAUACGAAUGAUAAUACCAGUGGAAGUGGGAGUAAUUUCAGUAUAUCGAGUACAGGAGGUUUUUUAAGAUCCAAAAAUGUCAACAAUACAGAUAAUUGCUACCUAGGUAAAGUUGAUCAUUUUUAUGGAUUGGCUAUUACAGCUUAUAUAUCGUAUGGUGGUAUGAAAUUUGUCAUGGUUCAUGGAACCUCCAGCAGUAGUGGUUCUAAUACUUCCACUAGCGUUGUUAUAGAUGAUGCUGCAUGUAGAUCUUUCUACCAAGAAAUCCAUGAACUAUACAUUAAGUCCUUAAUGAACCCAUUUUAUAAAGCAGGUGAUCCAAUUUCAAGUCCGGUAUUUGAUUCCAGAGUACGAUCAUUAGCACGUAAAUAUCUAAAUAAGUAA